AUGAUCUCCAUAACACCCCCCCCCUCCGCCUUCCUUCCCAGGAACCUGGACGCAUACCUGGAAAUUGACGCCACCAACACCCGGGGAGGCGUGAUCACCGCCUGGGAUUCUACUGCCUUCACAGCAACAUCUUCUCUGUCGCAGCGCCACUCCCUCACAAUCUUCCUUCGCUCCACGGCCUCCGACUACAGUUUUGCCGUCACCAAUGUCUACGCACCUUCAAACCGUAACGAUUCCCCUGCUUUCCUGGCCGAUCUCCGGGCGCUCGCCACACACAUCCCCGGAUGUUGGCUCCUAGCCGGGGAUUUCAACCUCACCCGAUCUGCCGCGGACAACAGCAAUGGUUCUUUUCAUUCCUCACUCGGCGAUGCAUUCAACGUAACAAUCGAUCACCUCUCGCUUAUCGACCUCCCCCUUCUUGAUCGCCUCUACACUUGGUCCAACCACCGCCAGACUCCAACCCUCGCGCGCCUGGACCGCGUUCUGUUCAAUGCCACCCAACGCCUCCGCAAGAACAACAUCCGUGAGCUCCAGGUCGACGGCACGCUGAUCUCCUCACAUGCCGGCAAAACAGCUGCCUUGACUGCCCACCUAAGAAGCCUUCUGCGCGCGGUACCUACGUCCACGCACCCGGUUACCUACGACGACCUCUACGCCACGUCGCGGCGCGUAGACGCUGCGAAGCUCAUCACCCCGUUCACGGAGGAAGAAGCGCGCGCCGCUGUCCACGCAAUGAACGGCCACAGCUCCCCAGGGCUGGAUGGCUUUGGUCCAACCUUCUACAAAGCGGCCUGGGCGACUGUGGCGCCGGCUGUAAUGGCACUGGCAGCCGCAUUCCAUGGGGGCUCGGCGGAGCUGGAACGCCUCAACCGAGCCUAUGUGGUGCUGAUCCCUAAACACGCCACCGCCGCCACCCCGGGAGACUACCGCCCAAUCUGCUUGCAGAACUGCUCAAUCAAGAUUCUGUCGAAGAUGAUGACGACGCGGCUUCAGGGACAGAUUGCAUCACUAAUUGACCUGAACCAGACCGGCUUCAUCAAAGGCAGAUCGAUCUCGGAGAACUUCAUCUACGCCAUGGAACUCAUCCAAUGCUGCCACCGGCGCAAGCUCCCCACUCUGGUGCUGAAGCUGGACUUCGCCAAAGCCUUCGACUCCGUCGAUUGGCACUGCCUGCUCUCUAUCAUGGCAACUAGAGGCUUCCCCCAGCAAUGGAACACAUGGGUGUCAACCCUGCUCCACACUUCGAAACUAGCAGUGCUAGUGAAUGGCACGCCAGGCCCCUGGUUCACCUGUGGGAGAGGCCUGCGCCAAGGAGACCCCUUAUCUCCUUACCUCUUCCUGCUGGUAGCCGAUGUUCUCCAGCAGAUGGUGAAACAAAACCGGCGAAUCCAACAUCCAGUUGAUGCCACCCUACCAUGCCCAAUUCUUCAAUACGCCGACGACACGCUUAUUCUGCUCAAGGCCGAUGCCGCUGGGUUGCAGACUCUCAAAGAGGUGCUGAACCUUUUCUCUGAUAGCACUGGACUCCACAUCAACUACCACAAAAGCACCAUGGUACCUAUGGGGAUAACUGAUGAAACAGCUACACAACUGCAAGGAAUCCUCGGUUGCCAACUGGGAAGUUUCCCCCAAACCUACCUUGGCUUACCUCUGUCCAACGACAAACUGCGGCUGAGUGCGUUCAGUCCCCUGAUUGCCAAGAUAGACAAAAGGUUAAGUGGGUGGAGUGCUUCCCUCCUAAACUCCACCGGCCGGACUGUUCUGAUCAACAGUGUGGUCGAUAGUCAGCUCACCCAUGCAAUGUCAACUCUCCUGCUGCCACAGGGUCUCAUUGAGAUAAUUGACCGGCGGCGUCGACGUUUCCUGUGGGCCGGCGAGGACAAGGUCAGUGGUGCCCAAUGUCUCGUCGCCUGGGAAGCAGCAUGUCAACCUAAAGCACAAGGGGGGCUUAGCCUCAAAAAUCUCCCACUACAAAACCGGAGUCUCCUACUCAAACACAUUCACAGACUGCACCACCCCGCCGGAUCCUCCUGGGCACUAUGGGUACGAGGGCAAGUGAAUAUCAGCAACUUGCAAGGAGACAUACUGGGAACACACUGGCGAGAUUUGGAGACACUGCUCCCAAUUUACAGGGCGCUUACUUGCUCGGUCGUCUCCAAUGGCGCAUCCACAAACUUCUGGCUGGACCGCUGGCUGCCUGAUGGAAGACUGAGUGACCUGUUCCCCCUCCUCAUCUCCCACGCCACCAACACCCAGCUUUCUGUCAAACAAGCAAUGACGGACAGCUUGCAGCGGUACCUCGCCCCACGCUUGUCCCGCCGGGCCGCCGAUGAACUCUCUGAACUGGAAUCGCUAUUGGCGCAGGUUGUCCUCCGGGAAGGAGCGGACCUCCGAUCAUCCCCCUUAGCAAGUGACCCUUCGGGUCUCGGGGCGAGGGAUGUCUACAGCAAGCUCAUGGAAACCGCUGGGUCACCUGCACCACCUUUCGUCAAGUUCGUCUGGAUCAACCGAGCCCCGCCGAGGGUGAAGUUCUUCACAUGGCUGUUAGUACAGGAGCGCAUUCACUGUCGUGCCAAUCUGAAGAAAAAGAAGAUACUGACGGAAGCCUCGUGUGAGCUAUGCGGCCUGGAGGAAACCUGCGACCAUAUCAUCUUCCACUGCUCCUUUGCGACCAGCAUCUGGAGCUCCUUGGAGAUCGACACGAGCGCCUCCUCGGUCACAAGCCUGUGGACUGUUCCCCAUCCGACAAUAGCACCUGGGAAACACUACUCCACUUUUCUCAUUCUUCUCUGCUGGAGCCUGUGGAAACACCGGAAUGAGGUGGUCUUCCAGCGAGCUCCGGCCUCGUCGCAACGGUUUUGGACCACCUGCUGCACGGAAGCCCGGCUAUGGAGGGAGCGCUUCAAGCCCAGCGACCGAGCGGCGGCCGAUGCAUGGUGCUCUGUCUUUUGCUCAAUGUAA